ACCACGCCCACUUUACACCUUCGGCAUCGUCGCCGACAUCAUUCAUCCCGCCGACAUUCGCUAUCGACGCAGCAAUUGUACAUAUGCGAUGAAGUGCGCCUGGCCGUGACUGGAGCUGGCGACGUCUCAGCGCCCGAGCACAGGGGCAAAGGAGUCAAACACCUGCAUAGCAACCGACGCAAACCGGCCUCGAUCACACCGUAAGGCCCUCACUACGCAAUUACACGCCGUGCAACCCUCGAUCACCAUUACGCGAUCACUAUAGCGACUUAUAGCUCUUGCGACCACUGCGCCGCCGCCGCGCUGGCUCGCUCUCUACCACCCGGCCUCACUCAUUACACUUCACUCUGAUCGACCUCACUUGCACCAUGGACUCCUCAGCGUCCGCCGCAGCUCACAUACCUGCCGCCGAUGCAGGCCCUACGCACCCGCUAUCGCCUCCUCGAAGUAAGACUCCGCCUACGGUCACUGGCAAGAGGUCACACAGCGAAGCGCAGGUCAAUGUGCAAAGACCAGGCACAUAUCGUAGCGACAGCGAGCCAGUCAAUCCCGUCGAACUAAACAAGGCACUCCAAAAUAUCAAGAGAGAUGAACAGCGGCGAGUCAGUUCUCCUACGGCAAGCCCUAGCCGGAAACGCCAAAAGCUGCAAGCCAGCGACCGUUUCAUUCCAAACCGCUCAGGCCAGGACCUCUCCGCCAGCUACAGUCUACACCAUGACGAUGGAUCGCCUGCGACGCCCUCGAAGCUGAGAAGGAAGACACCGGGCGACAUCCAAUUCCAGAAGAUGGAUGCGAACCGCACAUAUUCCACCAUCCUCCGAUCCGAGAUGUUCGACAACGAGAUACCACAGCUUAUCAACGACAUGACGGGCUCAAGAGCCCAAACGCCACCGGUCACCAAUGGAAAUUCCGCGGCGACUGCCAACAUAUCAGGAGCAUCCCUCACACCAUCUACACCACACAAAAACUUGUUCUCGUACGGUCCAACCCAGCAAGUCUCCUUGACCCCAAGAUCCAUAUCACGAAGCGAGAGAGGGCCAAACGUCAACGCAAGAUCUGAAAUUUACAGUCUAUCGCCGGUCAAGCAUUCUUCACAGACAAUGCUGCUUUCACCUCGCAAGACUCCUCGCGCAGUCAGCAAGGUUCCCUACAAAGUUCUGGAUGCGCCAGACCUGGCAGAUGAUUUCUACCUGAAUCUCGUCGACUGGGGUUCCAACGAUGUUCUGGCAGUUGGGCUGGGUCCUUCGGUCUACCUGUGGAGUCGGGAGACCGGUAAAGUCACUACUUUGUGUUCUUUAGACGGCGAUAGCGUGACGAGCGUCAGCUGGAUACAGCGCGGGACGCAUUUGGCGAUCGGCACUUCGAAAGGCUUGCUCCAUAUCUGGGACACUGUCGCUCAGAAGCGCCUGAGGACAAUGACUGGGCAUAGCGCGCGAAUCAGCAGUCUGGCGUGGAAUGCCCAUAUUCUGUCUACUGGAUCCCGCGAUCGAUCAAUACUACACCGAGAUGUACGAUUACCGGCUCAAUAUCUUCGUCGACUCACCGGACACAAGCAGGAAGUGUGUGGUCUUAAGUGGAAUUCAGAAACCGAGCAGCUAGCCUCAGGUGGCAACGAUAACAAGAUAUUCAUCUGGGAUAAGAUGGACGAGCGAUGGCAGCAUCGAUGGGGCGAACAAGAAGGCGGCCAUAAGGCUGCUGUCAAAGCCAUUGCAUGGAAUCCGCAUCAACGUGGCGUGCUGGCGUCUGGUGGCGGAACUGCUGAUAGGUGCAUCAAAUUCUGGAACACCGUGUCUACCGCCCAAACUUCAGCGUCGAGAUCAAUACCGGUCGAGCAGACAAAUCUCGGUCUUGGCUUGUCGACUUCACCCUUACCUGAGCCCUCGGUUUCGCCGAUUAUGCCGAACCCGCAUCUUCUGAGCUCGCACGAUACAGGAAGCCAGGUCUGUAACUUGCUAUUCUCUCAGCGCACAUCAGAACUUGUGAGCACACAUGGAUAUUCCCAGCAUGCCAUCAACAUUUGGAAGUAUCCGAGCAUGACUCAGGUUGUGAGCCUCACGGGACACACUUAUCGUGUUCUCUACUUGAGUAUGAGCCCGGAUGGUGCCAUCAUUGUGACGGGAGCGGGAGACGAGACUUUGAGAUUUUGGGACGUGUUCAACAAGCCAAACAAGGAGGCGAAGCGUGGUAUCGUUGGAGAAUGGGGCGUUAUACGAUGAGUGAUCCAGAUUGAUUUUGGCGCUCGUUGAUGGAGAGCUCGGCACGAGCAUGAGAGCAUCGCGUGGUUGGAGGAACUUUUUACUUCCUGGCCCGCACUUUACGACCUUUUAUGACAUUGAGCGCAUUUUGUACCUGCAUGGACUGGUAGCAUAGGGGCGCUGGAGGACUUGUGGACUCACAGAGCACUUGGAGACAGCUCUUGGCAUUGUAGCCGUCUCAAUCGGAAGUACAGGCUGAAAGCUAUACAGAACC